AUCCUUGGUUUCCUCUUAUUCAUGGUGAUCAAAAUAGUUUGGAGAUCAAAAAGUGUUAACAAAGCAAACUCCAAAUUGCCACCAGGACCAAGAAAACUACCUCUCAUAGGGAACAUGCACCAGAUUGGAAAAUUGCCACAUCAAUCCCUAGCAAAAUUGGCACAACAAUAUGGUCCUCUUAUGCAUGUGCAACUUGGUGAGCUUUCAAACAUAGUGGUAUCUUCUCCUGAAAUGGCCAAAGAAGUGAUGAAAACACAUGACAUCAACUUUGCAAAUAGGCCUCUUCUUCUUGCAGCAGACGUAAUCACAUAUGGGUCUAAGGGGAUGACUUUUUCUCCGCAUGGAACCUAUUGGAGACAAAUGAGAAAGAUUUGCACUGUGGAGCUAUUAACAACAAAACGUGUUGAGUCCUUUAGAUCAGUUAGGGAAGAAGAAUUGUCAAAUUUGGUCAAAGAUAUAAUUUUGAGUGAAGGGUCACUCAUCAAUUUCAGUGAGAAGGUUGAUUCAUUGACAUAUGGAUUGACAUCAAGAACUGCUUUUGGUGCAAAAUCCAAUGGUAAAAAAAUGUAUAGAGAACUAUUGAAGGACGUGUCAAAUGUGGCUGGAGGGUUCUCUGUUGCUGAUCUGUUUCCUUCUAUUGAAGUUCUUCAAGUUGUUACAGGAUUUAGGCAUAAACUUGAGAAGCUGCAUCAUGAAAUGGACAAGAUACUAGAGAACAUUGUAAGAAGUCAUAGGGACAAUAUUUUGAAAACAACGGCAAGUGAAGAAGCUGGGGAAGAUCUAGUUGAUGUUCUUUUAAAGCUUCAGAAGCAUAGUGAUCUUGAACAUCCCUUGACAGAUAUCAUUAUCAAAGCAACAAUUUUGGACAUCUUUAGUGCUGGAACUGACACCACAUUUACAACCAUAGAGUGGGCAAUGUCAGAAUUGAUGAAAAACCCACUUGUGAUGGAAAAAGCACAAGCUGAGGUAAGAAGGGUAUAUAAUGAAAAAGGGUACGUGGAUGAACAAAGUCUUCAUGAGCUGAAAUACUUAAGAUCAGUUAUCAAAGAAACAUUGCGUCUACAUCCUCCUGUUCCAUUGUUACUUCCAAGGGAAUGCCAUGAAAGAUGUGAAAUUAAAGGGUAUGAGAUACCUGCCAAGAGCAGGGUCAUUGUUAAUGCGUGGUUAAUAUGUAGAGAUCCUAACUACUGGAUUGAUGCUGAGAAGUUUUAUCCAGAAAGGUUUAUUGAUAGCUCAGUUGAUUAUAAAGGGGUGGAUCUUCAGUUUAUACCCUUUGGUGCUGGAAGAAGGAUGUGUCCAGGCAUUGCAUUUGGUAUUGCGAACAUUCAAAUAUCACUUGCAAAUUUGCUUUUCCAUUUUGACUGGAAGAUGCCUGAUGGAAAAAAGCCUGAAGAACUUGACAUGUCUGAAUCAUUUGGCUUGAGUGUAAAAAGAAAACAUGAUUUGUGGUUGGUUCCUAUCACUUAUCACUCAGAUGCCAUUUAA